AUGACAGUAUAUCAUAUCCGCCUCGUCAACGAGGACACAUCUGACCACUUCUUUUCCUUCGUGAUGGAUCCUCCUGAAACCUCCAACAAAAAUGGCAUUUUCUCAAGUUGCUGGAUCAGCAUGCUCGUUCCAAGCGGUGGAAAUUUGAGCGUGGCAACUGAUGUCGACUGCUUCGCUUGGGCAGGAACGGUGCCCCGCAACCCCGCACCGGGGUGGAGGUUCCUACCGGAGUCGGACGACUAG